UUGCUCGGGGUGGUCUGCGCUGGGUUUCUCCUGGACAGCGGAUGGCAGUAGAGGUCUGUGAACGAGACUCUCCCAGGGCGGGUCCCCUCCCACUACCCGGGACCAAUGGCCGCUUGUAUUUCAAAAUAGCAUACUUCCGAAUAAGCAGUUGAUGUUGUUGCUGUUGUUAUUGAACUGAUUCGUUCAUUCGAUUAACCGACACCGCCCUGAUUCCCCGACGCUCGUCCGCGACCAUGCCUUCCGUUCAGAGCCUGACGAUGACUUACGACGCGCUGAACGAGCACGGGACGUUUUCGGAGGGGGACACGAUAACUGGACAAGUGACACUGGUGCUGUUGAAGCAAACAUCGGUCCAGAGCCUGGUCGUUAAGGUCAAGGGAGACGCGGAUGUUCGCUGGACGAGAAAGAACGGCGAUCACAAGCGAACAUACAGUGCACACAGGAGGUAUUUUAAACUGAAGCAGUUCCUAAUACCAGCGGACUCCAAAGAAACUCCUGUUCCUCAAGGGAAACAUGUCUAUAAAUUUAGCUUUAACAUACCACCAAGGAGUAUGCCUUCAUCCUUCAGAGGAUGUCAUGGAAAGAUUGUUUACAAGCUGGAAGCUGCACUGGCCAGGAGUUGGAGGAUGGACCGUACAGUAGAUAAGGAGAUCAAUUUUGUAUCCAAGGCCUUUCCAAACCUUCAAUCUCUGAUGUCGCGUCAAGUUGGUACAGUCAACAAAGAGAUGGGGCUGUUCUCAAAAGGACAUGUGCAGAUGGAUGUCAGUGUUGACAGAAGAGCUUAUGCACCAGGUGAAACAGUGCUGAUUGUUGCACAAAUCAACAAUUCCUCAUCCAGUGAUGUGACGCCCAAAUUAAGUUUAAUCAAGGAAGUGUUGUACCGUGCCGACACCAGCACCAGACACGAUAGCAACGUUAUCCACAAAGUGGUUGAGAACAGUAUUAAGCCCCAAACCCAGAAGGAGGUCAGGUGUGCCGUCAAGAUUCCUCCCAGUCAGAUGCAGACAAUCCAGAACUGUGAGAUAAUAUCAGUGGAAUACUAUUUUAAGGUGUAUCUGGACAUCAGCUUUUCCUUCGAUCCAGAGGUCAAGUUACCGCUGGUGAUUAUUCCCCCUGACUUGGCUGCAGGACCCUAUCCAGCUGGUGCUACCGGUGGUCCAAGUAACAGUGACUUCCCUCCUCCUGCAGUGCCUUUGGCUCCAUAUCCUGCAUCCCUGCGUUCAGGCAGUUCUGAGUACCCAGGAGCCCAAAGGUAUUCAGCACCAGGACCUGCAUACCAAGUGAAUCCAUCACCAGUGUAUCCUGGUCCACCACACGUGUACCCUGUUCACCCACCGCUCAUGAGUGGGGUCUACAAUAACCCACUGUCGCAGCAGCAAUCUCCGUAUGGAUCGCCGUUUUCAUCCUCGUUAUCAACGGCUGUGCUUCACCCACCGCCUACUGUCCCAACAUUUCAUCCACCACCGUCUGCCCCAGUGAUCCGUCCUGCCCCUUCUUCAUCUUUUAACACAUUCCCACCUGCUCCCACAUACGACUCGCUGCCAUCUGCACCAGUGAUGGACGUAGACUUCCUGUCUCAGUCGGAUGAACCUCCCCCAUCAUAUUCCCUCCUCUUCCCAUCGUAUGCCUCUGAAAACUCUGAUGCAAAAUAAUAGAAUGAAUCCUUAAUGACUGAAUCAGUUUAUUGAUUAUUUAGUAAAAUACCAAUAGCUAGUGAACAAUGUGAAAUCAGAUCACCUAAGUCAUGGCUUAGUUAUUAGUGAUGCACUUAAGUAGAGUUAGAGUUGAUGUGUCAAUUUCAAAUGAAAAGGGCGUUGUGUACAGUAUUCACUGUUUGCAUGUAAACAGUUACCAGUAUAGGACUUUUGCGUUUGCUUUUUGUCUGGUCUUUUUUCAAGUGGCUAAUUGGCUUUGUUCAGCUGCUAACUGCUAGUACUACUCAAACCUGAUACACUGUGUAUUUUUACGUGCCUUGUUCAACUUAAGUGUCCUAAACCAAUCUUUUAUUUCAGCCUUAUAUUUCUCCCUACCUCACUAUUCAGCAUGGAAGCUACGUGACAGAAACGGUGUACAACAUUACAUUCAAGUGGCAACCCACCGUGACGUCACCCAAGCUGUCAAUCAUGCUGUAACCACGCUCCAAUGUAUACGGUGCUUUGUCGUGUCUUUUACUCUAAAUGGGACUAUAAUUUACCAAAUCAACAUCAUGCUUGAAGAAGACUUGAAGCUAGAGAUUGAAGCCAUAAACUCCUCAGGAAAAUGUAUACUGACAUUGUAAGUCAAGUGAAUAGGGUUAUUUCCUCAUAGAUUUCGAUAGAAACUGACUUCCUUUUUGCAACCGGGGAGGCGCCCGGUGUUGUAAAUUCCAAAGUGUACAGGCUUCAGACACUUCUGCCAUAGCUUCCUUUUUCUGGACCUGGUGACUACAUCCAUUUUUGUGUACAAUGUAUGGUUACAGUCUGUUGAAUUUAAUGAAUGAGUUUUGUCUGUCUUUACACAAAAAGUAACGAACCUGAUUUUUUUUUCUAAUACUAACAUACAGUCUGUGUUUUCUCCUGUGUGGGUUUGAAUAAAGACCUGUCAGGGACAAGUGGCCUGAAGUCAACUAUGUGUUCUGGAAUAAAAAAUAAAAAAAAUUGUGUAACCGUUCUGGGAAAAGGUUAAUGGCUGGCCAAACAAAGUCCUGAUGAUGUAAAAAGAAUGUGAGCCUAUACAUGACUGGUUUGGACAAUGAGUUUGCCUUUGUAUCAUUGUGUUGCCUUGUUUGAUCAUAAGAGGCACAACAAUAAAUAUCUGUUCAGCUCUACAA